AUGUCCACCCAACGCAAGAAACCACGCAAGUACACCUGUACCUGCCAGAGGUUCUGCCGCGCUCGACUGCCUGAAGGAAAAGUAGUUUCAAAGAGUCUAUAUUACUUACAUGCGAAGCAGAGAGAACUGGAAAAUGGGCUCACUAUAGAAGAGUUGCAGAAUGUCGAAGGUAGAAUCAGAAGGAAAAGGCAGAGAACUUCGUAUACUCACCCUCAAUCCACUCGGAAAGCGAUAGAAGAAGACCCGAACCAAGGCUAUCUCGAUGCCGACUGCCAUACCAUUGACACUAUCUUGCACAACUCUGCGAGCUCCAAUGACGAAUUUUUCGGAGCGGGAGCAGAUGCUGGGUACAACGAACUAAUCAACUUGGGCCUCGACAACGAUGCUGGGAAUUCGAGCGACUACGAGGACAAUAGUAACAACCUUGACGACGAUUUGGACAGCAUCGAGAACCCCUACGGCGAAGCUGCUUCAGCUCGACCAGAUGUAGCACCGACCAACAUUUUCGUCGAAUCUAACGUUGACGGCAUUCAAGAAAUGAUCAACUUUGUACAUGGCUACGACUUCGAGGAGGAGAGGAAGCAAUGGACUGAAGAACAAUGGCAUCAGUUCCUCAACCCACCUCGAGCGAUACUGGAUCUUUCUGACUCCCAGCUGCGCAUCUCCCUCCACUUCUACCUUAUUCUAUCUCACACAUCAGAAGAGACAUACACCCGGCUACGACAAGUAUACAACCAGGAACACCCGGAUAGGCCGCUUUUGUCGUAUGAUCAAACCCGUCGCCGUCUUCACGCUAUUACAGGCGUCUUCCCUCUCUGCGUGGACAAGUGCAAGAACAAUUGCUUGGCAUUCUAUGGACCCUACACCAAGCUUUUGAGAUGCCCACACUGCGACGAGGAGCGGUUUGAUCAUAACAAGAAGCCGAGGUCCACCUUCACCACCAUACCUAUUGGACCCCAGCUACAGGCCCUAUGGCGGCAUCCCGAAUCAGCGGAGGCGCUCCACUCACGUUCGCACCGCACGACUCAAGUACUCAAAGAACGCUAUAGCCAUGAAGGCGUCAAGAGCUAUAGUGAUAUCAUUCACGGGUCUGACUACUUGGAUACAGUGGAAAACGGGACAAUUAACGAGGACACGAUGGUGCUGCUGUACUCAGAGGAUGCUGCACAGCUCUACCGGGACAAGCAGUCAAGUACGCUUUUCGGAAUCGCGAUACUCGGGGAUCUAGACCCAGAUGUUCGACAUCUCGAACACUCCGUCAUGCCGCUCUUUGUAGUGGGAGGACCAAAUGCAGCUACCCACGAUUCCUUCAAACUCCCUACUCUGGCACAUCUGGCUGCUUGUCAACGACAUGGAAUACCUGUCUGGGAUGGACUACUCAACAAGUCCUCAAGGAAGUUCCCCUUUCUCCUGUUCGCUCUCGCAGAUACAGUUGCCAUGGCCCACAUGAGCAAAUCCGUUGGUCACCAUGGGUGUAGUGGUUGUUGGCUGCUAUGUGAAAUGCCCGGACGCCAUAAACCUAGGGUAGGAACUUACUAUCCGGCUCUUUUACGACCAGAUGGCAACAAUCUACCCCCUUCAUCAGCUCAUCCUGACAUUGAUGUUGAUUUGGUCACUACUCCCACUCUCGAGAGCUAUCGCGCACGUCUAUCACUUGUUGUGAAUUCUACGACUUUGGCCCAGUACAAGAGACAACGAAAGAAAACAGGAAUAAGGGGACCGUCUCUGUUUAGUGCGCUUCCGCAAUCACUCCCAUGCCCGAAACUAUUCCCGGCAGACCUCAUGCACCUGGUCUACAACAUUGGUCAGCUUAUGCUUCAGCUAUUCCGAGGAACCAUCGAACAUGACGGCGCUGAUGACCUGGCACUCGCCGACUUCACGAUUCUAUACGACCCUGAUGAUUUUGCUGCCUUCGGAACUGCUGUCGCCUGUGCAAGACUGUUCAUCCCGACCGAUGUCGAAAAGCGAGCACCUCGUAACCCUGCUGAGAAAAUAAACAGUGGAUACAAAGCCUCGGAGUAUCAUACAUUGAUUUUUGGUCUCUGUCCUGGCUUGUUGUAUGGGAGGCUUCCUGAUUACCUGUACACACACUUCUGCCAACUGGUUCUCGUUAUCCGACUCGUGCACCGGCGAUACAAGACAUACAAAGAACUGCUUAAAGCCCAGCAAAACCUCAAAGAAUUUGUUGUGCUGUUCGAACACUAUUAUUACCAACGUAAACUCAACCGCCUUCACUUCGUUCGCCCAUGCAUUGCUCCACAUCAUUGA